GCCUGUUCGGGAAAACUACCGGGUGUAAUUUGACAGAUAUGUACAUUGGAACCGCAGAACAUGAGUUAUAAUAACGGACUGUCGGCCACGUUAAGCAGAAAUGUACCUGCGGCCUACUUCGUCCUCUUAGCGACAUUGUUGGAACUGUCUCUAGCAGCUGAAAUCCCAAAGGUGCUUCCUUUCAACUUCCUCAAGACGCUGUCUGAGGGACAGAGCGCACUGGUUACAUGCACGGUCUCUGAGGGUUCGAAACCGGUACAGCUCCAGUGGCUUAAAGACGGGCACGAAGUGAGAGCGAGCAGCACCGUAAAGAUCAAGAGGGAUGAGACCUUCGUGGUUCUCGCGAUAGAGCCCGUUCAAGUGGAAGACUCCGGGAAUUACACCUGUGUCGCCAAGAACAAGUACGGAUACGAUCGCUACACAUCGAUGCUGGAAGUUCAUGCACCACCGAAAUGGUUACAUGAACCCUCGGACGUCGCACUUACAUCUGGCGAAGCUGCGAUGCUCCACUGCAAAGCUGCUGGGCAUCCCACACCCAGCAUCAAGUGGUCAAGAUCGGGUGCUAACAUGGAAGGAAUGGAAGGCAGCUCGCGAGUUCUGGAAAACGGGACAUUCAUCAUUUCAAAGUCGGCGCCCGAAGAUACGGGUCAAUAUUCCUGUCAGGCGUCCAACGGGAUCGGCAACCCACUGUCCAAAACAAUUUCCCUAAUCGUCAAAAGAACGAUGCUGUACGCGCGCCUGCUAGGCCUCUGGAGCAUCCUCAUAUCGGCGGCGUCCGCACGAAACCAAGAAGCCCCCAAGAUACAGCCAUUCCAGCUUCCGAGUCGCGUGAAAGCCGGCGAGAAGAUCAGUGCCACCUGCAACCUGGCAUCGGGAACACCUCCCGUGACGUUCGAGUGGCUCAAGGAUGGCAGUGACGUGACCGGUCUGUCUAAGGACGUCAGUUACGACGGGAACCUGAUCUCGGUGCUGGCCAUCACAUCCGCGUCCCUCGGAGCGCAAGGGAACUACACCUGCAGGGCGAGAAACCACUUCGGCAGCGACUCUCACACCGUUCAACUCAAAGUGGAAGCUCCCCCCGUCUGGACCAAGGCGCCGGAAGAUACGGUUGGCACCAUAGGGGGGAUGCUGAACCUCACUUGUUCAGCAUCCGGUUCACCAGAGCCAGCCGUUGUUUGGAAGAAGCUCUUAGGUAAAAUACGAGCGAGAUAA